AUGCCUGUGCAAACUUUCGGCAUGGGUAUCGGCAGCAACCCUAACCUGUCCCGACAGUCUCGUCGCCUCUAUAUUGGAAGCAUUACUCCGGAUGUUAAUGAACAGAACCUAGCUGAUUUCUUCAAUUCCAAGAUGAUAGAGAUGAGCAUUGGCACGGGUGCACCGGGCAAUCCAGUCCUGGCUGUACAGUGUAAUUACGAGAAAAACUACGCCUUUGUAGAGUUUCGCAGCGCUGAGGAUGCCACGGCUGCUAUGGCAUUUGAUGGCAUCAUCUUCAUUAAUGGUCCUCUCAAAAUCCGUCGACCCAAGGAUUAUGGCGGUGUUGACAUGUCUGCUCCCAGUGUUCACGUGCCAGGAGUCGUCUCUACCAACGUUCCUGAUUCUAUCAACAAAGUCUUCGUCGGUGGUUUACCAACUUAUCUCAAUGAAGAGCAGGUUAUGGAAUUACUGAAGAGUUUCGGAGAACUGAAAGCUUUCAACCUGGUGCGAGAAAAUGGAAAUGGCCCAUCCAAGGGCUUUGCCUUCUUCGAAUAUGUUGACAUUUCAGUGACAGAUGUGGCCAUUCAGAGUCUAAACGGCAUGGAGUUAGGCGACCGUUAUCUUGUUGUACAGAGAGCCUCCGUUGGCGCCAAACCCGGAACUCCUGGUAUGAUACCAAACUUGCCUUACGACCAGUUCCCAGAAAUACCAAGACCCAUCAUGCCCGCUGGCGAAAACUCCAGCGCAGAUGCGCGCAUUCUUCUCAUGCUUAACAUGGUAACGCCCGAUGACCUCACUGAUGAUCAAGAAUACGGGGACCUCUAUGAAGAUGUCAAGGAAGAAUGUUCCGUAUACGGCGCUGUGGAAGACCUUCGCAUUCCUCGACCUGUCAAGAAGGACAAAUCGAAAUGGGCCCCUGGAGAGGUGGGACACCAGUCUGCAAUGGAUGCUAUACGUCAAGAUGAAGCUGCUGGGGUGGGAAGAGUUUAUGUUAAAUAUAUCGAUGCGGACAGCGCCAACAACGCUCUGAAAGCGUUAGCUGGGCGUUCUUUCGCCGGCCGGUCGAUCAUUGCGACACUCUUGAGCGAAGACAGUCAAACCACACCUCCACUCCACUUGAUCUUCGCGCCCCAACCAGACGCACCUCCCCCUCUUCCCGAAUCCUGA